UUCAGUUCCUCACCUACUUCCAUAAUGUCUGCAUAGACCGAUUAGAUUUAGUAUCUAUUAUUUAAUUUUUAUGUGUAUAACCAAAAUCCAGAAAGAACAAAUGGAUUCGAGAUUGGGAGAUUGGGACAAACCCAGAAGACCAGUGCGAAACAAAAGAUACAGCAGGUUUGAAGGGCGCAUGUUCGGUGAAGAGAAAAGACAGAUUAAGAGACUUUUCACUCCCGAAAUCAAGAAAUUUUUGAAAGACUGGUUAGUGAGGAGGCGAGAAAAUCCAUAUCCCAACAGGGACGAGAAAAGAAUGUUAGCUGUACAAACGGGACUUACAUAUAUCCAGAUUUGUAAUUGGUUUGCGAACUGGCGCAGAAAAUUGAAAAACGCCGGAAAGGAACCGCAAAAGCGGACUUGGGGAGAUUUGAUAAAAACUUACAAUAGCCAGGUUCAGGGAAACGUCGAGCAUUUCAGCAUUUGCUCGGACGACAGUAUUUGGGAAGAACCUGAAGAUGAUUUUGAGCAAUCAGAUGACAGAACAAUUGAAAGCGGAAGCUCAACAUAUAGUCAGAUCUACAACAAUAAUAACGGUGAUCCUCACAACCAAUGUCAUUUUAUUAGCUCGACGACAGAAGCGGGACAAGCAGCUCCAUUUUCCCAAAAGUCGCUAACUUACAAUUUAGAUAUCAUGGAGAAAUAUGUCCAGAGUUUGCAGUCACCCGUACCCGAAGAAGAGAAACCAUCAAUGAUUGCGAAGUGGUUGCAAAGUGCUGAGAAAUUCCGUCCGAACGAAGAUAGCUUUCUCGACUGGACAUUCCCAAAAUCGCGAAAAAAGAAAACCGCGAAAGUAGAAACGGAUAAUCUGCUCUUGGUUCACGGAAAAGAAGAACUGGCUGCCGCAGAAGCGCUCACCACUUUGGCAAAUUCGAGCAGACAAGUUAAAUUGUGAACGAAUAUGGUUUUCAUUUGGUUAGUUGUGAUAUCUUAAGGGAGCUCAAUUAUUUUUUAUUGUUAUUUACGUUAAUAUAUUGUUCCACAUUACCCUAUGUUUAGUA